AUGGUCGACUCGGAAACUUCAUCUGCGCAAACAGAGACUCUUCGAGUCCAAUAUUGUCCUCCGCUAGACGAUGCCCUUUUCUACGCCAUCGCGUCCGAGUACACGCUGCCCCAGGAUAGGGCGGCCUUGACGUCGGUCCUUGAUAGUCUGAAGGCCGGGGCCAUUGAACAGGAGGACGCAGAGUUCGAUCCUUCAGGUACAGGAGCUCCUGCAAACCUCAGAGAAGCAACCGACACGUCUAGGUCAAGCCCCGAGGAUACCUUUUCAAACGAUGUCACGAGCAUAACCACUGGUGUCUCCGACUUGCGGUGGAACGACUCAGACGGCCUAGGACAUGAUCUAGACAACAACUCCUCCACCGAGAAGAAGACGGCUUGGCUGCGGCAUGUGUUUCCCAACAUCCCCAAGCGUGAGUUGGGCAGUGUUCUGGAGAGCCAUGCAGGAUCCCUUGACAAAGCAGUCGACGAGCUCCUCAACCUCUCCUUCCUGAACCAAGGGCUGGAAGAAGAACCAGAAGAUGUGCCUGUUUUGAAAGGUGUGGACGGGUUUGCAGAAGAUGCCCUCGCCCAAAGAAAAGGGAGGAAGAAACGAAAAUAUCGGACAAACGAGUCUUCGCGUGCGAGCUCAGCUUCCUCCUCGCCUUAUGAGUCAGAGUCCACUCCUACUAAUGUCUGGGCCACGAUGUCGCAGGAUGUCGACUUCAUUUGUUCUAGGACCAAGCUCCAACCCCAACUAGUGCGGUCGAUAUACCAUUCGAACGGCGCGCGACUAGCAUCUACAAUCCGUGCCCUAGCAAUAAAGGAAGGGGUGGCGUAUAGUAAGUUGGCAGAAGUCGAUCCCAUCCUCGAUCUUCAGAUUGCCGAAUUCCAGAGCCAGUUUGAGCAUGUCCCGAAGUCGCAGAUGUACGGCCUACUGAGCUUAGCCCGAAAUAUACCGUCUGCAGCUCAGGAGUUGUUGGAAGCUAUGUCAGUGCCCGAGAAUGUGCCAACGUCCGGGAGGCUGCAGGAUGCAGCUCAAUAUGCCCCACUGGACCUCAAUGAAGAUGAAGUCUCCGAGAUCGCUCCGAUCGCCACAUCAACUACGGUGAAAGGCCCUUAUCGAGCUUCGGCUGCUAGCAUUCGAAUGGCAGCAGGCCAAAGUUUCAACCAAGCCUCCGCCGCAUAUAAACGAAGCAAAUCUGAUCGCCUUUACGGAGGUGUUGCAGCACAUUACUCAGAGAUUGGACGAGAACGCGUCAGAGCUGCGAAGGAAGCUAAAGCUGCGGAAGCGGACUUGCUCGUGGCUAGACAGUCGUCCCCAAACGUUCUCGAUCUCCAUGGUGUGACCGUUCAAGAUGCGGUCCGGAUUGCCAGCGCGAAAACACAGACCUGGUGGGAUAACUUGGGCGAUGCCAAGUAUGCCACUGGAGGUGGCGGACCUGCAAGAGCCGAACUCAAGAUAGUGACGGGUCUGGGGACUCAUAGCAAGAAUCGUGCGCCGCGGAUAGGGCCGGCGGUGAGUAAGAUGCUUAUGAGAGAAGGAUGGAAAGUCGAGAUAGGCCACGGUGAGUUGACGGUGACGGGUAAGAGCCGUCGAUGA